AUCACCACCUGAGGAUUUUCUAACUGAUCUUUCUGCCUCAUCGUCAUUGAGUAAACAGAAUUCCAUUUUUUCCCUCACACUUGGUGAAAUUCAACUCAAGAGUGGGAAGAGUGUUGGGUCCAUGAGCAUGGAUGAGUUCCUAGCCAACUUGUGGAAUAAUGUUGAGGAAAAUCAGGUUUCAUCCUAUCCCAACCAGAACCAGAAUGAAACCAUCGAUGAGAAAUUAGACUCAGCUAAUCAACCCACUUUAGCACACCAAGGCUCAUUUUCCAUCCCUACCCCCCUGUGCAAGAAAACUGUGGAUGAAGUAUGGUUUGAAAUACAGAAAGAUCUACCACAAGGCCGUAAAGCGAAUAACAUUAUUGGCGAUCAACAUGAACCACAAAGACAACAUACUUGUGGGGAGAUGACAUUGGAAGAUUUUCGUGUGAAAGAUGGGAUUGUUCAGGAACAGUCACAUUCUUCUCAGCAAAGGAAGGUGAUUCCUCCUCAGAACAACAAUCCAAGCAACAAUUUCAGUACUGCCAAAGGUUAUGCAACAACAUACCCAACCUUCCCCCUGAACAGAAGUUUAUUUGGAGAGUCAUCUACCAAUGCUGAAAAUGGGAACACUGCUCAGUGCUUGCUAGAGUCUGUUGCAGUGCCGAACAAAAGGAGUGUUAUAUAUGGCCCCCCAAGCUGGUUGUAGAAAGGAGACAACGUCGAAUGAUAAAGAAUCAGGAGUCCGCAACAAGAUCUCGAGCAAGGAAACAGGUUCUACGUCUAUAUAAUAUGAAUGUGCUUCCGUAGAGCUGUGCAUUGUAACUUGGGAACCUUUUUUUUCUUAACUGAACUGCUAUGGUCUCACACUUCAUUAAUUAUAAUUAACUUGUUUCUGUAUGUAAUACUUUUAAAUUAAACAUUAAACUAAGAU